UUAAAUUUUUUGGGAACUGAGUAGAAAUGGCGGCAACGAAGGAGGGGAAGGUGACGUACAACAUUUACAGGGCGCUCACCUACGGUGUAUCGCCGGUGCUGGACCUCCACCUCCGGUUUCGAAGGCUCCGAGGCCGCGAACACCCGCACCGCUGGACCGAGCGUCUCGGACGUCCCUCUCUUCCUCGCCCCGUGGGCCCUCUCCUCUGGUUCCAUGCCGUAUCUCUCGGGGAAGGAAUGAGCGUGAUUCCAAUAAUCAAACAUUGCAUAUAUCAAAGACCCGAUUUUAACGUUUUGAUGACAACAGCAACUGUGUCUGCUUUCGAAGUAAUAUAUAAACAGCUUCCAAAUGGUGUCAUAUAUCAAUUUGCGCCGCUUGAUGCUCCGACUGCGGUCGGUGCUUUCCUUGACCAUUGGAAGCCAAAUGCAAUCAUCAUUAUAGAGAGUGAAUUAUGGCCUAAUCUUAUUAUGUCUGCUUCGAAAAACAAUAUAGUGCUGGCACUGUUAAAUGCUCGAAUUUCUGCAAAAGCCUUCAAGUAUUUUUCAGGAUCGGUGCUUCUUCCACUGAUUUCGUUGAUGCUUUCAAAGUUUUCUUUGAUUGUCCCAUUGAGCACCGUGCAGGCUAUCCACUUUCAACUACUACAAGCCCCUCCUUGUAUCAUCAACUUUGCUGGUGACUUGAAAUAUGUGGUGGAAGAUUUUGACGUUUCUGAGGAAGAGUUGAGAAGUAUAGAAGAUCUGAAGUUACAGCUUGCCCACAGGCAGGUUUGGAUGGCUUCUUCUAUACAUAGGGGCGAAGAAGAAAUGAUGCUAGGAGUUCAUACAGUGCUUACAGAAAUGCAUCCAGAUAUGCUCACUAUACUUGUACCUCGGGAUCCACGACAUGGACGAGAAAUUGCUCAAGAAUUGCAGAAAGAAGGUCAAAACGUAGCACUGAGGUCUCAACAUGAAAAGCUGGUGGCAGGAACAACUAUAUAUAUUGUCGACACAUUAGGUGAGUUGAGAUACUUGUAUGGAUUAACUCCAAUUGCUGUAGUUGGAGGUUCAUUCUUCCCAGGUACAGCUGGCCAUAACAUAUCAGAAGCUGCUGCAGCUGGCUGUGCUGUUUUGACUGGUCAUCAUGUUGGGCAUUUCUCACACAUGGUUCUUGAAAUGCAACGAUUAAAUCCUUUGUCUGUUCUUCAGGUUUCUGGAAAAGUAGAGCUUGAGAAAGUGCUCAAGGAGCUAUUCAAUGAUGCUGAAGUUCUGGAAUCACGUCGCAUGGCUGCAAAACAAGCAAACGAUUCUCUUUCCAGGGGCGUCGUUGCCAAUGUCUGGAACCUACUGAAUUCGCAUGUUUUCAAACGGGCUCUCUGUUAGAAGUAAGUGAAGACCUGCAUGCAACAAAAGUUAAUGCAAAGGUGAAGGUAGCUUGACAAAGAAGUAUUUGUUGAUGGUAUGCUAGUUAGUGUGACUGAAACUCAUUGUUGAUCGUUAUCACGCACGGAAGUUUUGGCAGCCGUUUUAAUUAAUUCAGAAUGAUCUAUACAAUCUUUUUCUGUGCAUUCCAUAUUGGUGGGUUGCUCUCUCGAUCAUUGCAUUCCUUUUGGACAUCAACUUUUGCCCCUAGGGGAAGGUGAAAAGGGAGUAAAAUGGUAUUGUAAUCAAGUCAUACGUCGUAUAAGUUAGCAUUUUGACCUGGAUUUGGAUGAAAUAUGAAGAUAAUUAUGCAAGGACAAACUAGAAAACUUUUUAUUGGUUGUACAGUAUAUACUUCUUUUACUUCUAAUGUGAAA